AUGAAUGAGGAGCAACAAAUUUUCCAUCUAAUACUUGGCAAUGAAAGUAAUUUAGACAAAUCCAUUCAGAAAUCAAAUGCUAAAAUUAGAGUAGAAGAAUUGCGGUAACAUUUGGCAUCAAAGUACUCUAACACAUAUGUCUAUGUUUUGGAAGACAUAAAAACAGAGAGUUUUAAUUUGAAUUUUCUUUUGGAAACUCAUGGUGGAAUUUUUAAAUACCUCAUGGAGCUAAUUAUUAAUUUUUAAGAAUAAUCACUUGACUUUAAAGUAUAUUUUUCAGAUGAUAAUGGAAGAAUAAUUGUUAAUUAAAAAGUAAAUUCUACAAUUCAAUUUUAGCUGCUGAGACUUUAGGUUUCCAGAUAUACCUUACGGCUCAAUAGUAGUCUUCAUGUUGGCAGCUUUUUUAUCAAUCCUGUCUAUGGAGAGAUAGGCUUGAAUUUGGCUACUAUAAAUACUAGAAAAAGUGAAUUUUUUGAUUCAGCUUAACCAAUAUAAGAUGACUUUAUCGUCUAUAUGGAUAGCUUAAUCCUUACUGCAAUAUAUUCAAUCAGAUAUCAUUAUUUAAGGAUACUAUUUAUGAUCAACAAAAUCAACCUCAAGUUGUUUAAAUUAUAUGAAUAUUAUUACGAAUAGGUGAGGUACAAGGAUAAUUAAUAACUCAAUUGGAGAAAAUUCCCAAAAGAUAGUGAGUAAUUGUUGUUGAGAAUCAAGAAAGUCGUGAAAAAUCAAAUGCAUUUACAAUUUACAGAGUAGGAGUAUCUCAAAUUGGGGCCAAUACUUUCUAAAUAAAUUUCGACAGAGAAUUCUUGUUUGAUUGAGGUUGUCCCAAAAAAUCAAAGUGAGUUGGAAGUGGAUGAAAGGUUACAGAUAAAUGAAGGAGGCUUUUGCAAUAUCUAUUCAAAAGAGAUCAUUUUUGCAAUUAAAAAGGAAGCCAGAUAGUAAUAGCAAGGACAAAAAAGAACUCUUGUUAUUAAGAUGAAUAAGGGCAUGGGCAGUGAUAAAAUCAAAUAGGAAGCUGAAAUUAUCUAAGUAUUAAGCAAUCAGGGCCCAAAUAUAUAAAGAGAGAAUUAACCUCACUAUUUACAAAAAUACUUCUAGUUCUCAGGAUGUUGUCCCUACAUUGCUUAGUUCUAUUCAGUAUCAGAUAGACCUGACGUUCUAUUGAUGGAAAGAUAUUAUCACUCUUCAUUGGAUUAUUUAAAAUCCAAGAAAUCGGAAGUUUUAAGUUUGUCCUCUAGAAUUUUCAUUUCUCACAAUGUGGCUAUGGGUUUGAGAUAUAUUCACAAUUACGGCAUCAUUCAUAUGGAUAUAAAGCCAGCAAAUAUUUUGAUAUCGAAGACAAUGAUGGCAAAAAUAACUGAUUUUGGAGAGGCCAUCAAUACGAACAAUAUUUCCGAUAGCAAUAAGCCAGGGAAGACCAUCCCAUUUUGUGCUCCAGAGAUUUAACAGAGAUUAGAGAAUAAUUAAUAUACUUAUGCCUAUGACAUAUACUCCCUUGGUGUACUCAUUUUUGAACUUUUGUUUGAUCGAUUCCCAAUAGUAAGAUUAAUUACGAUUUUCUAGGAUUUCAGGAAAUAGAAUUAUAAGUGUUUAGAGGAUAAAUUACAAAAGCAGAUCUAUUAGGUUAGAUACAACGAAGAUGAGGAUUAAAAGAUAGGGCCAUAAUAUUUAAUGAAAUACUUAGGAAGACUGUGUAUUUAAUGUUUAUAGCCAGAUCCACAGUUAAGGCCUAAUAUCGAUAAAAUUAUUUUAGUUCUGAAGGAUUGUCUUACAUUCUUAGACAAAGUUUAUUGA